AUUUGAUCGAAUCCUUUGCCGAGCGACCAUGGAGUCGCGCAUGCAAGAGCUCAUGAGUUCGUACUAUGACUUGUCCGACAAGGACGAGACGGUGAGCCAGAGUAAGAACAUCAACGCCCCUGGCUUCCUCGUCGAUGACUACGUCAAGGACAUGUUGGAGAGCAUGGGAAUGGACGAACUCCUUCGACGGGACGACCAGAUGAUCAAGGAGAUCAAGGAAUUGGACACCAACAUGCAGAUGCUCGUGUACGAGAACUACAAUAAGUUCAUCAGCGCCACCGACACGAUUCGCAAGAUGAAGACCAACGUGGAAAGCAUGGAGUCGGAAGUGAAGAAAGUCGUCGAUAGCAUGGGCAAAAUCACCGUCCAAAGCGAAAACGUGAGCAAUGCGUUGGCUCCGUUCCGGUCCAAGGUGGAGAAACUCGUGGGGGUGCGCCGACUUCUCAAGCGCUUGGAGUUCAUCUUCCAACUGCCCCAGCGUCUGAAGAGUGCGAUGAAGGCGCAAGAGUACGACAAGGCGACCAAGUACUUUGUCGUGGCCAAUCGCAUCCUCAAGCGAUACCAGCACAUUGCGUCGUUCAAGACGAUUCAAUUGGAAGCCGAACAUAUUAUGUUUGGGCUGCGUACGAUUGUGCAAAAGAAAUUUGACGACGACAGCACGACCGCCCCCCAAGUCCAAGAGUACGCGGCCUUACUUUUAGAUCUGAAUGUGUCCGUGCCAGAAGUCCGCCAGCGCUUUCUCAACUGGUACCAGCUCCAUUUUGACCAUUUCGUUGCCACGUUCCAAGACACGCAGCCCUGCGACACGGUCAAGUACAUUGACGCCAUCAACAAUGCGUUCUUGCCAUCGUUUGCAACCAGUGCGACAGCGUUCCAAGCCGUGUUUGGUCGUGCAGACGUCGAGUCCACCGCUGCGUUUGGUGCGGUGGCGACCGUCUGGUUUGACGGGUAUGCGUCCGUCUGUGGGGUUCAAUUUCAGCGACAGUUGGCCCAGUUUACAUCUGGCGACAAGGUCGGGGGGUCGGGCGGGUACGGCAUCCUCAUGCUCAUGCUCAAAGCCGUGAUCGACGGCAUCCACUCGCUCACGGCGCCGCUGCUCCCGACGAGGGACAUCCUCGCGCGCACGUCGCAGCUGGUCGAAGCCUCGAUUCGAUUUCAAGUGGACGCGGCGUUUACACUGGUCAAGACCGAGUUUGUAGAGAAAUUGAUCACGUUCCACGACACUGUCCAAGGCAAUCCCCGCAACAUGCCCGAACUCGCCAAGAAAUUGUGCACCGUAUACGUCGACCGCAUCGAGCAGAGCUUGCAGCGCAUGCAGCCGCUGAUUUCAACUGCCGCCCACGUGUUGCCAGAGAUGAGCCGGGCGCUGUCAGACCUCGUCCAAAACCGGUUCAAGGCCUUUCUCGACUGGUUCACGUCCAUGGUGCUGCGGUUGAUCCACCCGCCAUCCGUCGAGCCAACGCCGGAGGACGUGGCGAUGCCGACGGCGCUGGCCGUGACGCCGCCGUUUUUGCUACUGCUCGCGUGUGUGUGCCGCGAGUUUGGCGCGACGGUCGUACCCCGCUGCAUCCAAGUGAUGGUGGAAUGUCUCCCGAAUUUCAACCCGUUGGAUCCGGCGUCGAGUCUUCGAUCCGCCGGCACGAUCGUGGAUGUACCGACGAUCGACCAACUCGCAAAGGACACGGCCAUGGCGUUCUUGCACCAGUUUGCGUUGCUUCACAGCGCCCGCCUCAACACGUUGCUUCGCACGGCCGUGCUGACGCCCAAUUGGCUCGAGGCAAACGAACCACCACGGGCGGUGCGGCCUGAAAUCGACGCUAUAGUCGACGAGUGGGUGCGCGUGGUCAAGUCCACGGCUGAGGCAUUUGGCGAGCCCGUGCCAGGCCCGAGCCGCAUCAACAGCACCUCUGGCGUGCGGGACCUUCGGUGGUCCAAACAGCCGCGCUCGAUGGGCAGCGGCAAGCAAGCCACCAACUCCGGACACAUGUACAUGGACGUAGCCCGGCUGUUUGCCAAGAAGGUCCACGUCUACCACGGCCCGGACUUGGCCAUUUCCGUCGACAGUGUGCUCUCGUGCGUGUUCAAGAUCGCGUGCAAAGCGUAUGGCGAGUACGCUCGCAUGGCCACGUUCGGCAGGUUUGGCGUCCAGCAGAUGCAAGUGGACACGGAGUGGCUCAAGGUCACGGCGGCGACCUACUUGACGGCAGACUCGAGUGUGAACGAGGUCGAGAGCUUGCUCUGCGACGUGGUCACCAACAGCAUGGAGCGAGCGGUCGAGUACACGCUGCUCGAAGAAAGCGUUUUGGUUGCGAUCGUGAGCACCAAGAAAGGCACGUUGAAGAUAUAACCACAGGUCUCGGACUGGUACAAAGUCACUGGAAGACCAAUGUCAUGACUACAGCAGCAAUAGUUACCAACUUUGCAAUACUGUACAUAUAUAUAUAUUGCAUACAACUGGA